CUCUCUUCUCUCCUUUUGCAUCAAAUUGGAACAUCAUCAUCAGACAAACCCAAUCUCUGCAUAUUUCCAUUGCACUUUCGUCCCUUCCCUUCAUUCCUUUGUGUGUAUGUGUGUAUGCACUCCGCAACUGUGCGACACAUAAAUACAUACACACAUACAUACAAGCAUAAAUAACAUCACACACUUUCCACGGCUUCGUACAUCAUCAUUGCUCUUCUUCUUGCUGCUAUCUGAUUUUGGCUUCACGAUUUCCUUCAAUCCGUAGCUCUGAUCACAAAUUCAUGGCCACCCUCGCAAAUCAUUCUGACGGCGCCGUCAAUGGCAACGGUUGUGACGGAAUGCGUCCACUUCCCGAGAAGCUCAUUAUCGAUACCGACCCUGGCAUCGAUGAUAGCAUGGCGAUUAUGAUGGCAUUUCAAUGCCCUGAGGUGGAGAUGCUGGGUUUUACCACCAUUUUUGGUAAUGUUGCUACCACAGAUGCCACCCAGAAUGCUUUGCUUUUGUGUGAGAUCGCAGGCCGUCAAAAUCUUCCUGUUGCAGAGGGUUCCCCUGAGCCAUUGAAGGGUGGAGAGCCUCGUGUUGCUGAUUUUGUUCAUGGUAAAGAUGGAUUGGGUAACAUAUUCCUACCCCCGCCUACGACUAAGAAGAUUGAGAAGAGUGCUUGUGAGUUUUUGGUAGAGAAGGUGUCUGAAUAUCCUGGUGAAGUAACUAUACUUGCACUUGGACCGUUGACGAACUUAGCGUUAGCAAUCAAAAGAGAUUCAUCUUUUGCAAGCAAGGUGAAGAGAAUAGUUAUACUUGGAGGUUCAUUCUUUGCCUUGGGGAAUGUUAAUCCUGCUGCGGAAGCAAAUAUUUAUAAUGAUCCCGAAGCAGCUGAUAUUGUGUUCACCUCUGGAGCAAAUAUUGCUGUAGUUGGAAUAAACAUAACAACCCAAGUCAGAUUUACAGAUGCUGAUCUCCUUGACCUGAAGGAAUCCAGUGGAAAGCAUGCUAGUCUCCUGGGUGAUAUGUGCAAAUUCUAUAGGGAUUGGCAUGUAAAAUCUGAUGGUGUCCAUGGAAUAUUCCUCCAUGACCCUGUCAGUUUUGUGGCAGUUGUCCGUCCAGAUCUUUUCACAUACAGGAAAGGGGUGGUGAGGGUAGAGACGCAAGGCAUUUGUACUGGUCAUACACUUAUGGACCAAGGAUUGAAACAAUGGAAUUCAAGCAACCCGUGGACGGGCUAUUCUCCUGUUUCGGUUGCUUGGACUGUGGAUGUUGAGGGAGUUCUUAAUUAUGUUAGGGACUUGUUGAUGAAGCCCUGAAAUAUAGGCAAUUGUACAAUGCUUAUGGCAGUUGUCAAAGCUUUGGAAAGUGAUAGGCAUGAUAGCUUCUAAUUUCCAAGGCUAUAAAUAGUGUUUCUUUCUCUCAUUGUCAACCAGAACUCUCGGUAUCUAGGGUUCAUAUUGGUUUUAUCUUGUAAACCGAUGAGUUCUUGUUCCCAUUUGAUGUAAAAGUUCAUGUACUAAUUCACCUGAAUUGCUUUU